AUGUACAUUUUAUUAAUUUUUUCAUUUUUUAUAACUUUAAUAACUUUUAAUAAUAUCAACAUCGUGAAUUGUUGGCCUGAAAAUAGUUAUGUGCCAUUUUUUAUUGCGGAUAAAUUAUAUUAUGUUGGAAAUAAUGAAACUUUCUAUAUAGAUUUAGUGGAUGUGUCAUUAGAUAAUAAUACAAUUGUUUAUGCACCUAAAUGGUUUAAUAUUAACGUAUCUGAAUCAAAUAUCGAUUACCCAAGCAAUCCAUUUUUAGGUGGUAAAGCAAAUGACAAAAUUUUCUUCAUUGAUGAUCCCGAUUCAGAAGGGGCUCAAUCUCAUGUAUUAUUGGAUGCAUUUAACACUACAUUAAAAAAAUGGGAAAGAAACAUUAGUUGUCAAGGAACUCCCAACUAUUUUAUUAAUUCAGAUUAUAUUAACUGGGUUUCUGAUGAACAAGCCGGUAAAUCCUACAUUUAUCGUUAUGUAGAUGAUGAUGAGAAUUUAACAAUAUUUGAUAGCAUCAAUUUAGUCUGGAAAAAUAGCACUUCAAAUCCUCAAAAUUUACUUCAAAGCAUAUUAGGUUCAUCUCAAAUCUUCGCUAGGUAUCAUAAUUUUGUUCAGGUUUUGUCAGCAUGUGAUAAAAUUUUUUAUAUUGGUGGAACGAUUUCUGUAAAUUCCGGAAGCUCUUACAAUAGCAAUAGUCAAUUUAUGCCGAUGAGUAGUAUUUUAGCAUAUAAUAUUAUGUUAGAUUCAUGGCUAAUCAAUAAUGCGACAGGUAAAGAAAUUGAAGGGCGUACGGGUCAUACAGCUGUUAUGACUUCAGAUAAACGUAUUAUUGUAUAUGGUGGAAUGAAUAUACUGAGAUCAGCUUUUCCAUACUUGGCAGUCUUGGAUACCUCAAAAAUACCUUAUGAAUGGUCGACACCGACAGAAGAAAAUCCUAUUGGCCCUAUAACUGAACAUUCGUCUAUUAUUAUCAAAAACUAUAUGAUCACAGCAUUUGGUAGAAACUUAUCAGAGAGGGACUCUGAAAAAUAUGACAUUAAAAAUGUUUAUAAGUUGAAUAUAUCAAACCCAUUAAGUUAUAAAUGGUCAUUAUUAGCUACUCCUAAUAACCAAUCUAAUUCUUAG